UGCAUUUUCUUAACAUAUUAACUCAUUCAACCACGCUAUUUUCUACGUUAAACGUUUAUACAAUCGCCUGGUCGGUCUGUCACUCUACUCGCAAUUUUACAUUGCAGUCAAAUCUUAUUCAAAAAAUAGUAUACAUUUCAUUAAAUCUUACCAACCUAAAUACUGACUGACAAAAAAAAAAGACGCAACGACUGACGUAGCUAUAUGAAAACUUUUCUUAAAUCAGGACAUGCAUUAAAAACGAGCAGCAGCUAUAGCAACAAGUGCUUAUCGUUAUUUCUUGCUAAUACCUCACAGCAUAUGUUUAUCUUUAUUUUUUUUUUCUUGGGGUGUGUGAUCAAAGUUUCAAACAUUCUCAAAACAAACGAUUAGGUUUUUUUUUUUUUAUUACUUCACAAUUUUUCAACUCUCGACAUUUUUUGUAUUUCUAGAAACUUAUAAAUUUUUUCAAAUAUUUCAUGUCAGCAGUUAACUAGAUGUAUGUAUUAUUUAUCUGGAGCAACGAAAGUAUUGUAACAUUUCAGAAUUAGCAGACGCCGUCUCUUUCAACAUCGCAUCCUCGUUUGAAGAGAGAAGAUCUAUCAAAGUUAAACUGGUUUAAAAAAUCAAAACAAAGAUGGUAUUUAUUAUAGAAGGUACCCUAAUGACAUGGGAAGAAAUUUUACCUCACAUUUCAAAUGUGAAGAAACAAGGAACGAUGCAGUUUCUUUACCAGUAUAAGAAAUAUAAAGACGAAAAAAAUUAUCCAUUUUACUGGGGCGAUGAGACUGAAUAUUCCUUAAUACGGUUUGACCAUGAAGAACGAGUUGUCCAGUUAUCUUUGACUUCCACGUCUUUUUUUGGAUCCCCUCAAGUACAGGCAUUAGAAUCAAGUGUAUGGACUUCAGAAUAUGGCGAAUUUAUGAUGGAAGGCAAACCCAGAAAUCCAUUCGGUGCUGCCAUCACCGAUUUGAAUCAUACAGAAGAACAUUUUAUAGAAAGACGCAAAGCGAUCAAACAAUUCUUGGGCCCAAAUGAAAGUUUAGUGAGUUUGACGGCUUUUCCCAGAUUGGGCUGUCCUAAUUUCACUUUCCCCUCCUAUGAGGUAAACAAGCAUCCAACAGAACUUCACAAAUCUGUUUUCGUAGCAGAUGCUGCACUGUGUUCCCAGCUUCCUUUAUUUCAUGAUACUUCUUCAAAACAAAUCUUGUCUUAUUCUGUAUUUCAUUUUGAUUUCUUUAAAUUGAUUUCAUCUCAAAUAUUGAAAAUUCUUGUUUCAGUUUAUAAAGAUAAAAAUACCAUGAUGCCAUACGGGGAAGACUUGUCUGAAUAUGGAGACAAUGAAGAGAUGAAGAAACAUUUGAAACCAGGCUAUAUCUACAUGGACUCACCAAUAUUUGGGGCUGGUUGUUGUUCUCUCCAAGUUACAUUCCAAGCUGCUGAUAUGAAAGAAGCUGCUUAUCUCUAUGACAAUCUGGUACCGCUUACUCCACUUAUGCUUCCGUUCACUGCUGCGGCACCCAUUCAUCGUGGCUUUUUGACUGAUGUUGACACUCGCUGGCUUUCUCUUUCUCAGAGUUGUGAUGAUCGUACCAGACAAGAACGAGGAUUAGAACCUUUGACAAAUGGCAGUGUUUUUAUACCAACAACGCGUUUUGAUACAGUAUGCAGUUACCUUUCUGUGAGCGACCAAUUUUAUAACGACUAUGAGUACAGUUAUGAUCCUGAGCAGUAUGAAUUAUUGAAGGCAGAAGGUGUUGAUGAAAUGAUGGCUAAAUAUGUUGCCCAACUUCUUGUUAGAGACCCAAUCACUAUGUACAAAGAAAAGAUUGAUCAAGACGUGAAAGAUACUGAUCAUAUUCAGACCAUUAUUGGAAGUAAUUGGCACACCUUAAAACUGAAACUACCUGAUGAGAACUCUGGAUGGAAAAUAGAAUUCAGAACAAUGGAGCUUCAGUUGACCGACUUUGAAAACGCUGCCCUUGUUGUAUUUAUGGUUCUUCUUACCCGAGCUAUGGUUACCUUCAAACUGAACUUUUUGGUCCCAUUGACAAAGGUUGCUGAAAACUUCACACCAGCACAAAAACGAGAUGCCAUUACUAAAGAAAAGUUUCACUUCAGGAAAAAUGUUCAACAAGAAGUCGCUGAUUGUAAGCUAACUGACGAUAUUUACACCUUGAUGACUCUAAACGAAAUCAUUAAUGGAAAGGAUGAUUUCCCUGGUUUAAUUCCUCUCAUAUGCAAAUAUCUCGAUCAUGUUGACUACGAUUCCAGUAAAAGACCUAAAAUAAUGCAAUACCUGAAAUAUCUCUCAGACAAGGCUGCAGGAAAGAUCAUGACAAUGGCCCAAUGGACAAGGCAGUUUGUUACAAAUCAUGAAGAAUACAAGAACGAUUCUGUUGUCAGUGAGAGAAUCGCUUAUGAUUUUAUUAUGGAAUGUGAAAAGAUUGUCAACAGUGAAGGACGAUUUCCAGAAGCUUUUAUCAGGAGUUAAAGAAACAUUCCAACUUUAUUGCAUGUUUAAUUAACUAUGAGUUACAGAGAAUGUAGCCUACAUACUAAUUUACAUUAUACUAACUAAACAGAAUAUACAUAUAUAUAUAUACUUUCUGACGUGACUCUAUCUAUCUUUCUAUUUUUGUAUCUUUUUCCCCCUCUCGUUCUUCCUUCUGUUACUACUAUAUCUCUCUCUUCCUCCCUGUCUCUCGUUGCUCACCUAUUUUCUACUUCCUCCCCUUUUUUCUCCCUCUACCACUCUUUCUCCUUACCCCUCGCUGGUCACAUGUGUCCAGCUUUACUUCCUUUCUUCCUUGGCUAUCACCAAGCACGUACACGAACUAUUCUUCAUCCCUCUUCAUUCCAGUUCGUUGCUUCACAGAGUUAAAUAUACACAUAUUUGUCCACGUCUGGCUGUAUAGCCUUUUCUGUUUAUUCUACUGUUUCGUUUUCCUGUCUUGUUUUCUGUCCGCCACUACAUUCCUCCAUGGUACAAAUUUAAUUUGUGAUCCGUGGGAAGAGCCAUUUUAACGAUGCGUCCUGCCCUAACUCUUCGAAAUGCCAGUGUUAGAAUGGUGGCAGCUGAUGAAGGAAAUGUUCUCUAUGUGGCCUGAGUGUUUUCUGUACUUGUUUAUCAUUUUGUCUACGUUUUGUUUGCAAUGUCCUGUACCCAGAUAUGCAUCUAUAUACACAGGUAGAUGUAAGUAUGUACAUAC